AUGCAAGAUUCUGUUCCCGUCCUGUCUCUCCUCCUCUGCUCCCCCCCUCAUCUGCCCUCCUCUCUCCCUCCUCUCCCCCUCCUCUCUCCGUCCUCUCCCUCUGCUCUCCCCUUCCUUUCUUCUCCUCUUACCCCUCUUCUGGCCUCCUCUAUCCCUCCUUUUCCCCCUCUUCUGACCUCCGCUUUCCCUCCUCUCUCCCUCCUCUCUCCCUCCUCUCUCCCCCCUCCCUCUCUCCCUCCCCUUCCCCCUCUUCUGCCCUCCUCUUUCCCUCCUCUCCCCCUCCCCUCUCCCUCCUCUCUCCCUCCUCUCUCCCUCCUUUCUCCCCCCCUCUCCCUCCCCUCUCCCCUCCCUCUCCCCUCCUCUCCCCUCCCCCUCCCUUCUCCCCUCCUCUAUCCCCUCCCCCCCUCUCCUCCUCUCUCCCUCCUCUCCCCCUCCUCUCCCCCUCCCCCUCUUCCUCCUUUCUCUCUUCUGCCCUGUUAG